AAAAAAAAAAGAAAAGAAAAAAAGCCAAAGUAAGCUGAGGAUUACGCUGACGCUUACCUCACCGGAAUAUUCCCGACCGACGACUUGUUGCCAAACAAGCUUGGCCUUUUCCCGAAAACUAUAAAUACUUGUAUUUCUUCCCCAUUCGUGCCCUAGAAACCAAUUUCUGUUCGCCUCCAAUAGCCGCAACAUGCUCAUCGCAGCCAAACACCCACUUUCUCUCUCGCUUUCACUCACUUUGUCGGCCAAAACCCUCGUCUCGCGCUUCAUUUUCUCACCCGAAAUUGUUCGGCAACAUGUCGAAAUGGUCUAGCUUUUCUUGUCUUUAAUUCCUCGGUAGAGGGUUAGGGAUAGAGAUCGAAGGAAGGAAGAGGAUUAUUUUAUUUCUUUUCUUCUUUUUUCUUUUUUCCAUGAAUUGGCUGCUCGUUGUUGUUGUAGUUGUUGUAUUUGGGUUAAAUUGUUGGUGAUGGAUGCGGUGGAAUUGCCUUUUCCGGUCGAUGUCGCUGCGGCUCCGAAACUGAUUGGAUCGGAGGGUAUUGUGCGAGCUGGAGUUUCAGUCAAGGAGCUGGAGGCUUGCGAAUCAGAUAGUGUUUCGGUUCUUGUAAGCCCUUCAGUCCAACGCUGCAGCACAGAUGCAGCAUUUGCGAUGAAUGCUCCAGAAUCAGCUUCCUGGGAUAAGCUUAUCGACACUGACACCAGUAAGCACAUUACUCGGAUGCCCGGCAAACAGGGUGAAGGAUUGUCUGGACAUCAUCAUGGUAGGGCCAGAAAUGGUAUUUUAUUGAUUCCCAAGGCUGAAGCUGUUCUGUUAGAACGGAAAGCAGGAAAAGUGUCUAGAAAUAAUACCCCCUCAUCCAAAAGACCACGUACAGCUCAGUUGCAAGACCCAACAAGCCUAGUUGGAGAUAACGGGAUAAAGGAUGUGUCUCAUAAGCUUGGGUCAUGUCCUAUAAAAUGCACAUCAUCAGAGAAAACUCAAAAUGCAAAACAAAAGAACACCUUUAAUGGCAAACGAGGUGAUAAACGAAGUCUGAAAGUUCCUGUGAAGACUAGAUAUGACUCUUUCUCCAUGAAAGUGGGUUUAGCAAACUUCAGUUCAGCUUCUGGAGGGAGCAACUUCUUUGGAUUAUAUGGCCUUAAGUCAGAUAAUCAUGAUGUUACAAAGCUUCUAGAUGAUCCUCCAUUGAAUGAGCUCCUUGAUGGAAAUUACAAAUGCCCCAUCUUAAGCAAGGACAAAGGGAAGAAAGCGGCGAAUGUGAAUGAAAAUUUUCAGCAUUUAGUUAGAAGGGCUUGCUCUAUCCUUCAGCACCCGAGGUCUGACCAGUGCCAAAAUGGUGCGGAGAAUGAUAGCUGUUCAAACAAGAAAAUGCCUGCAUGGUUACCAAGCUCUGUUUCUGUUGAAGCAAGUGGUGUCAAUGAUGAUAUUGGAGUGCCGUCAGUUUUAGAUAUGUGCACAAGCAAUGAGGAUUGUCAUAUCAAACGUGAAACUCUUGCUAAUCCACUUGAUUUGCCAUUGUAUCAACCUAAGGAUAUUUUGCAACGCUUGGCACUUCCUCCACCUAAGGAUUUGGAUUCUUUGCUCCUGGAUGCAGCGAAGCCUGGGUUAUCAUCAAAGAAUACUCCCGAUCUACGCUCAGGCAAGCAAAUAUCUCGCCGUCCCAGCUUGCCAUCUUUUUCAUGGUCACACACUUCCAGUGGACAUUGUAGAACCAGUUCUGAUGUAGUUAAAUUAUCUACGAAUAAGGGUACAUGCCAAGGUAGAUGGCUUAGAAUAGGGACAAAGAUUGCCAGGUCAUUUCAUACUGGCACCAAUACCUUUACAGACCUGGACUUGCUCGCUUAUGAUAAUAGCCUAGUUCCAUCCGGACUCAAAAUGGCUUGUCCGGGCAAUAAAAUUUCCACACCCAUAUCCAUUGACCUUCCUCAUCAUGAGAAGGAAUUGUCAUCUUCUGCAACAUGUUCGAAAGGUUCUCUUGUUACUCUAGAAUGUGAAGGCAAGGCAAACUAUUCAGAAGAUGGUAUAGUUGCUGAGCGAUCUCCAAGUGUGUUAGCUGCUGCUCAAACUCUCUAUCACAUGGCAACUAAUCCUUACAGGCAGAACCCGAAUGGGAUGGUAAGGUGGCCAAAGAAAUCUUCACAAAAGGCCAUGAAAGCUCGCAGGUUGAAAUCGAAUGAAAAAACUGAACAACUGUCAGCAACAACUUCAGUAUUUGGGUCUGACAAUCCGGCAAGGAAUGCUGAUGAGAUAAUGCUGUCAAAGAAGCCUAAGCUCUCCAAUAUCGAUAACAAAAGGGAUCUUAGUCAUUUCAACUAUACCAGGAAAGAACCAUUGAGGUGGUCUACCCCCAGAUCAAGUAGAUCAUCACCCAACAAAUCGGUUAGAGACUCCAUGGCAGAUAUGAGACAUUCAACUACCAACUUUCUAAAGCAAUCUUAUAUGAUGCCGCCUCCGCCUGUAAGAGACAAGGGUUCCAACAGCCAGAAGCUGAGGAAGCUAUUGCCAACAGAAUGGAAAAGAUGAAGGGACCGUUUGGAUUGAUUAAUCGAUCGAAAGGUUUUUUUUUUUUUUUUUCCCGAUAGAAGGCUUAUUUCUUCUGACAAUUGAUGUUGAUUAAUUAAUGCCAUUGUCGGAUUAACGAGGAGAAAAAGAAGUUGGGGGUUUGUAUAUAAUGAUGGUGUAGGUGAAAUAGGAAUGUGGUUAGGAUUCAUGCUUGAGGUGGUGGUGGAAUGGGGAUUGUUGUAGGGGUUCGGUUUAAAAGGAUAAACAGACACGGUCCUUACGUUGUAACAUUAAUGACAUUGUAAAACACAGCAGCAGGGAAUUCUCUGUCUAGAAUCCAUGUAAUCCAUUCUCUA